AUGGAUUCUCAGCAGGUUGUUAUUUCUGUGGUGUAUGCUAAAUGUAAUCAUGUAGAAAGACGGGAGCUUUGGAGAUUGUUGCAACUUGAUGCAGUACAAGAUGCACCUCAGUUAUGCCUAGGUGAUUUUAAUAUUAUUUGUGGGGAGGAGGAACAUCGUGGUGGUAGACCGAGAUUGCGAGUUGCCAUUGAUGAAUUUAAUGAGUUUAUUGAUAACUGUGGUCUCGUUGAUAUGAAAGCUGUGGGGAGUAAAUUCUCAUGGUGUAAUGGUCAGAGGGGACUAGCUCGGAGUUGGUCGAAAAUAGAUAGAUGUUUAAUGAAUGUUGUGGCUGCAGGUGUUUUUCCGGACGCUUUAUGUAAAUAUAUGGCACGGACAAUUUCUGAUCAUGCCCCGUUGUCCUUUGUGUUUAAGAAUUUGGGGCAUCGCUAUGGUCCUUCCUCCUUUAAAUUUCAGCAAAUGUGGGUGUCUCAUAGUAACUUUUGGGAGGUGGUUAAUGAUACUUGGAGGCAUUCGAUUGAGACUAUGGGUCUUCGUGGCCUUGCUACUAAGUUAAAGAGAGUGAAAAUAGUCUUAAAGGACUGGAAUCAUCGUGUUUUUGGUCAUACGAAGACAAAGAUCCAAGAAUUGGAGAGUAAAAUUGAACAGUUAGAAAGCCAACUCCAUGAGGGUUUUUCAAAAGAUACAGAGCAAGUUUUAUUGGAGGCCAAGGAAGAUCUUGCAGUUUGGAUGAAAAGAGAAAAAACAAGGCUUUCACAGCAGGUGAAGCUUAGGUGGAUGGAGAAAGGAGAGGCCUCGGCUCAGUUUUUUAAAACUUUUGUUUCUCUUAAUAAACCUUUUGUGCAGGAUAUGAGGUGUCCAAAUGGGACGUGUUUAAAUUCUCCGGAAGAUAUUCAUUCAGGUGCUGUGGAUUAUUUCAGUUCUUUUCUUCAGGCGCGUGCUUCAAGAGUUCUGCCUGACUUGUCACAUUUGGUGCAAAAUUCUAUUUUUGAGGAGGAAAAUGCUAAUCUCCUCCAGUUCCCUUCAAUCCAAGAGGUUAAAGAGGCUAUGUUUUCUAUUCCUGUGGAUAGUAGCCCGGGUCCAGAUGGUUUUGGAUCUGGAUUCUAUAGGGCAUGUUGGGAUAUUGUUGAAGCUGACGUCGUGGCAGCGGUUCGGGAAUUGUUCCUUGGCACUCCAAUGCCGAGGUUUUACUCUGCGUCUUACAUUGUUCUCAUUCCAAAAAUGCAGCGGCCUACUAGUUUUGAUAAGUUCCGCCCUAUCAGUUUAUGUUCAGUGGUGUAUAAAGCUUUUUCCAAGAUCCUGGUUAGAAGAUUAUCUCCUGUUCUUAACAGAAUCAUCUCUUCAGAACAAGGUGCUUUUCUUCCUGGGUGA